AUGAAGUUCAGUGUUCUAUGCGUAACUGAGACUUGGCUAAGUAGUGAAAUUGUUGACCGUGAUAUCGAACUGGAAGGGUACCAGGUGUACCGGAAAGACAGGAACAGACAUGGAGGUGGCGUCAUGAUGUAUGUCAGUGAUUCUCUGUACACGACAAGACGUGGUGAUCUUGAGAAUGACGAGAUAGAAUCUAUCUGGUGUGAUGUGACCAAAGCCAAUACCAAUCUCUUAAUCAAUUGUUCAUAUCGCCCGCCAUCAGCAGAUGACACAUUCUUUGACCUAUUCGAAACUCAGAUUCAGAAAGCAACGGACCAAGCACAUGCUGUUAAAGUGAUCCUCGGAGAUUUCAAUGCAAAGAACAGCAACUGGCUUAACAGCAACACAACUGACAACCCGGGACGUCAACUUGACAACAUUUUCAUGAACCAUGGUCUAGAACAGGUGCUUCACGAACCGACCCGUGGGAGGAACUUGUUGGACCUGAUUGUCACCUCCCAUCCAGUAAUGUGUCACCAAACGGGCACCUUAGCUCCCCUUGGUGACUCUGAUCAUCUUGCAACAGCAACUGCGCUCAACCUAAAGGCAAACCACCACAGCGGAAAACGCCUCGUCUGGUUGUAUAGCAAAGCGAACAUUGAAACCCUUCACCAACACAUUGCAGCCGCCCCCUGGGAUAUCAACCACGUUUUUGACUCCAUGGACGACAUCUGGGAUUCAUGGUACAACAUGUUCAUUGCCAUAUGCAAACAACACAUCCCUCACAAGUUUGUCUCUACCACUAGGACAGCAAAGCCUUGGAUACAUUCUAACAAAGAGAUCAAAACAGCUAUCCGUAGAAAACACCGCCUACACUCCAGAGCGAAACGGAUAAAUACUGAGGUAACGUGGGCCACCUACAGAAGACAAAGAAAUCUAGUGACUGCACUCACAAGAAGGGCCGAGUCAGCUUACAUUGAGGAACUCGUGAAUGAUGUGGAGACUGGCAACACCAGGCGAUUCUUCACAUAUGCUAAAUCUGCUCUGGGAAAUACCUCAACGGGUAUCCCAGCUCUUAAAGUCGGUUCAGCCAUACUGGAGACUCCGGAAGAAAAGGCUAAUGCCCUGAACAAUUUCUUCAUAAACCAGACUGAUCUUCCCGCUAGGAAUGACCCAGCUCCAACAUUCCACCCGACAACUGUCCCGGGAACAGUCUUGGAUUCUGUUCAGCUGUCAGUUGAGGAAGUACGACAACAACUAAGUUCCCUGAAACCUCAGGAAGAGCGAGUUACUGGCUGUCGAAAGUGGCUUGAUGGCACGCUGGCCAUGGCGUGGUGUUCGGACAGCUCGCCCGUCGUGGUGACGCACUUUAUCGGCCGAUUCCGUGAGCAAUCCAGCGGUCCCGCAUCGUCUACUGGCGGAAUCGUGUGCCUCAGUAGUUCAGACACGCUGUGCACUGGGUAG